AAAAACAAAUUAUUUUUCUUCAAAACAUCAAGGCGUCAAGGUCUACACGACAUUUGAUGGCCAUCUUUUAUAUCCCUGAAUCGAGCAUUUUAGUGUAGACUAGAGACAUUCGUUUUUAGUAUUAUUCUGAAAAUGCGUUCAACUAUGUGAAUAAAAACGUUUCUGACAAUCAGUAGAAAACAAAGUUUUGAAACUAAAAUAUAUGUUCAUGGUUUCCAGCUACAGCUUGAAGAAUGUAAGUUGUCUAGACUAGAUCGAAGCUGGAUCUAUAUAUAGAUCUGAUGAAGACACGAUAAUGCUUUUAGCGGGAAUACCACUUAGAGCAAGACGUUUCCAUCUCUGUAAAAGCAAUGCGUGAUGUCGAGAAUGAGAUAGAUGUAUCCAAGAAUGAGAUUCUCCCAGGAGAGAAUGUUCCUGCAAACAACAUUGACUGCUUAAAUGUUUACAGCAGCUUUCCAGUUUGGGAAGUUAGGUCCCCCACAUGUUCUUCUUCUCCCUUGCGCUGCACUUCUGUCACCGACAGUGCGGUAAAUAAAACUGUGGUUCUGGUCCGCCCGUGUGAAAUAGGUUUUAAAUGGACAGAUCAAGACCAGCACACUGAUAGAUUUACAGAACGUUGUGUUAUUGACAAUAGGAUAUUCAAAGAGGCCACAAUGAAAGAUAUGCGUCGAGAGUACACAUUAGAAAUGCUGUCAGAUGAAACGUUAUGCAAUAAAACCUCAAAGUAUUGUAGUGAUAAAACGUGUCGUAACACAAGGCGUACACAUUUUAUAGAAUCAAACUUGGCAACAAAGAACACAAAUAACUCAAGUUCGGGAAUCCCUUGCAAGCAGCACAGUAAACGAUUUAAGAAUAGUUCUGGAAUUUCCACAGUUUUGGCUAACGAAAAUUGCCUUUCAAGAAGGCAAGCAUACGAGUCACUAAGUAAUCCAGAGCAAAUGAGUGUGCCUUCAAACAAAGUAGUCCACGAGGAUGUGGGUUCCUUGGAAGAGAUUCCUUUCUAUCAGGUCGGGAGAAUGCUCGAGUUUAAUCGCGAAAAGGCUUACAAAAACAAAAAUAUCACCGGCACUGGACAAGGCUCAGACUUUAUGGAUGAUAAGCAUGACUGUAAACACAAGUAUCAUAAUUGCAGGCGAUCGGUUAUCCGGAAGAUGGAACCAGGUGACAAGUCGUCUUUUCUUUGCCGGCCAGCCGUAGGCAGCGACGAUAACUUUAUAGAGAUACGUAAGAAAACAGCUGAGUCUGGUGUGGUAGACGAGCUGUGUCCAGGGAAGCAUUAUGUUGGCGUCGGUGCGGUUCCGAAUAUCAAGCUUCCGUACACACUACGUCCGUACGGCUCACUGAAUUGUAUCGCUCCUAAAUAUGCUUCGUAUUCACUAAUUAACUGCCAACCUAGCACUUUAAGUCUUAGGCCACACCGGUUGGAAGAAAAUAUGUUCUCCUCAAAGUCAUUUACACACUCCAGCUACAGCAGGAAUGAUUUGGGGACAAGCUUCAUACAGAGAUAUCUAGAUAGCAGAAGAAAACGACGUCUUGUUGACGAAACAUUGUCAAACACCCUGGAAUACAAUAAAUUCCCACAUUCGGCUAGAUAUACACAUAGCCAUGCCGGUACCAGAGGUGACCCUCUAGAUUCGUUUUCUUUCCGAUCAACCAAAUCAUACAACGGAUGGCCGAGCUUCAUUAGCAUCCCGGGCAGUCGAUCUAUUUACUCAACAAGCAUGAAUAGAACCAACAACGCGACAUCGUCCAACAGUCAGGUGUCCAGCUCAAGCAGCAGUUCCAGUGCUAACAUUUUCUUGCCCGACUUGACAAACGCUAAGGUUGUCCCGGUCAGGGGUGACGGUCGAUGUCUGUUCCGAAGCCUGGCCACUAUCUUGUCUAAGACUUUGCAGGAAUGCACAUAUCGGGACUCCAAUGGUUGCCUGGACUGUGAGUAUUGUUCAGCCAAAGAAGAAAAACGUGCAGACAGACUCAGGGCCAAGGUCGUACGCUUAAUGACAGAUAAUCUUCAUUUCUACUCCGAGCUUGGGGCGGACAUAAUUAAUGCAGACCAGCCGGAUGACGUUUGCUACCAGAAGUUCGAUGAUCGCCUGCAAGAUAUGAGCAAAACUACAGCUAUGCCCGGGGAGAUCGAACUGAAUGCAGCGGCCUACGUCCUGAAGAGAGCCAUUGUUAUUGUAGACGAAGACCUUGUGGUCAUCAACAUCUAUGGUCAGGACGAGUUCCCACUGUCGGAGCCCGCUAUCGUUCGCUUCACGAGAUUGUCGGAAAACACAGGUCACUUUGACCCUGUCAUGCCUCACUGCCGCCACGCCAGCGAAGUGAAUGUUCACCACAACGGUCAUGAACAAGAAAGUUAUAAAACGUCAGAGCCCAAAGAUCCUAGAAUGUCAUACGAGCCAAAAGAGUGUUCCUGUCGUAAGUGCCAUUGCUACGAACAAAGCGAACGCUUCGCUGACAAUGAAAACGACAAUUUCAACUGCCCUUUUAACAAUAAACAUCUCGGCAGAUGUCGCGAGAAUCAGAAAACAAAGCAGCAGGCGAGUUCCAGGUCCCGAAAGAGACCAAAAUCAAGGAAAGUUGAUCGUGACGAUGAUUCGAGCUAUGACCUGACUUCCAGGCGGAGAGUGUCGUCUGCCACAUCCAUGACGGGCGACGAAGAAAGCGCGCGAAACCGGGGCGGUUAUAAAGUUAGCAGUUGUGCCUGCAGCAUAUGUAUCUUGGAGACCUCUUCACGGGACACUUCCGGGAACAGAGACUCCUUGCCAAUGUCUCGAAAUAACAAUAAGAGACAAAAGAAAUCCCCCCAAGAGCCCGCAAAGCCAUCGCAAAAAGUCAAAAAGAGAGCGAAAAAAAAGUCUAGAAAAAAAGCUGCACCUCGACGUCGCUGAAAACGUGAAAGCUCUCUACACACGUACAUUAUAUAUACAUGUGUACAUUACAUCAUCGCGUCUGAAAUCAACUCUCUACGGGGAGAGGGUGGUGGUAUCUCAAUUGAGCUGAAAUGUGAGAGGGAGCCAGUGCUGGCCAAAGAAGUCUCGCGCGUUAUAAAUUUCCAUGCCACUUUAAAUGAAAAGUAUUUAGCGAGGUUUGCUUGUAUUUAAGUAUGAGGUGUCUACUCAUUAGGCAUAAGAGAAAAAAAAGAUGUAGGACUUUUUGUAAACAAAUGUAUAAUUCCGGUCUACGAUUGUGCUUGCAAGUCAGUUUAGAUCUUGAAGAAAAAGUGUAUUUGUAUAACGGGUUUUACAUAUUUACAUUCAAAGCCAAACUCUUCUUUACACAUGUCAAUUCUAAUCGUUUUAGAGAUGUACUUUCUAGUCCAAACUCUUAUUUAAAGAUUUAUACUCUAGCUAGUCCUGGCUCUCUUUAUAGAUUUACAUGAUUAAUGCCAUGUACAGUACAAUUACAUGAUUAAUGCCAUGUACAGUUCAAUUACAUGAUUAAUGCCAUGUACAGUACAAUUACAUGGGUCUCUUUAUAGAUUUACAUGAUUAAUGCCAUGUACAGUACAAUUACAUGAUACAUCUAAGAAAAGAAAACGUGUAUAAGAAUGUAGCUUUUCUAUUUAAAAGGCGCCAUGUUUUGCGUACAAUUUUGUUACAACAUUGAAAUGAUAAACUCAUGAGAACUCAUGGAGAAAUAAAAUCAAACUUCUAGGC